AUGCCCCCUUUGCUGUUGUUGUCUGCCUUGAUUUUUUUAGUGAACGUCCUGGGAGGAGCCCCGGGACACAACUCGAACCGCAGGGCCAAGAUGAUCUCAAUACAUAGCCUCUCCGAGCUGGAGCGUCUGAAGCUGCAAGAGGCUGCUUACCACGAACUCGUGGCCAGGCAGUUCCUCUCUGAAUUCAAACCUGAAAGAGCUCUACCUACUGACCGUCCAAACACCUUGGAGAAGUGGUUUCUGAUUCUGAGAGGACAAGAGAGGGCCGUAUCUCUCAAGACCUUUGGCAUUCGUCUGGAAGAGGUCCUGGUGAACGAGCUUACCCGCCGUAAGCAAGUUGAACUGAGAGCCACGAUGCAGAUUGAAGAAGCCGCCGGUCCCGCUACUAGCGGUCGUCGUCGGGGAAACGCGGUGCAAAGGAUGUUUGGCCGCAUCCGGCGCUUUUUCAGUCGCCGACGGGAUGAGCCCUUCCUGCCCCGGGAGUUUACUCGCCGUGGGCGUAGAGGCGCAGUCUCUGUGGACAGCCUGGCUGAACUGGAGGAUGGGGCCCUGCUACUGCAGACCCUGCAACUUUCCAGGAUUUCCUUUCCAAUUGGCCAGCGACUUCUGGGAUCCAAAAGGAAAAUGAGCCUCAAUCCGAUUGCUAAGCAAAUCCCCCAUGUUGUUGAGGCUUGCUGCAGCUUCAUAGAGAAACAUGGCUUAAGCACAGUGGGGAUUUUCACCCUGGAAUAUUCUGAGAAGAGAGUGCGUAAGCUCCGUGAAGAAUUUGACCAAGGCCUGGAUGUGGUGCUGGAUGACUCUCAGAAUGUACACGAUGUGGCCGCGCUUCUCAAGGAGUUUUUCCAGGACAUGAAGGACUCGUUGCUGCCGGAUGAUCUGUACAUGUCCUUCCUCCAGACAGCCACGCUGAAGCCACAGGAUCAGCUUUCUGCCCUGCAGUUGCUGGUUUACCUGAUGCCACCUUGCCACAGUGACACCCUAGAGCGUCUGCUGAAGGUCCUGCAUAAGGUCACUGAGAACUGCGAGGACUCCAUUGGCAUUGAUGGACAGUUGGUUUCAGGCAAUCGUAUGACGUCCACCAAUUUGGCUUUGGUGUUUGGAUCUGCUCUCCUGAAGAAGGGGGCAUCUGCCAAGAGGGAGUCCAGGAAAACCAGACUGGGGAUUGACCACUAUGUUGCCUCUGUCAGUGUGGUCCGUGCCAUGAUUGAUAACUGGGAUGUCCUCUUCCAGGUGCCUCCCCAUAUUCAGAAGCAGGUUGCUAAGCGUGUGUGGAAAUCCAGCCCUGAAGCCCUUGAUUUUAUCAGACGCAGGAAUUUGAGGAAGAUCCAGAGUGCACGGAUAAAAAUGGAAGAGGAUGCUUUACUUUCUGACCCGGUGGAAACCUCUGCUGAAGCCCGGGCUGCUAUCCUUGGUCAAAGCAAGCCCUUUGAUGAAGGUUCCUCUGAGGAGCCAGCUGUGCCUCCCGGCACUGGUUCCCAUGACGAUGAGGAAGGAGCGGGUAACCCCCUCAUUCUGGAGCAAGACCGCCCAUUGCUCCGUGUGCCCCGGGAGAAGGAGGCCAAAACUGGCAUCGGCUACUUCUUUCCUUAG